UGCUCUAAUCAGCUGUCAAAGCUGCAACCUGGAACCACCUACUUGCCCUUAGCAAACCUAGCAGACGCCGAUCUCUUAUUCUGGCUUCAUACGCACCCAGACAACAGUCUUUCGUUUAUCAACUCCCGUCCCAAUGAUGCCUUGCUAAAGUUGAAACUCACACCCGACCGAACGAACCUCUCUUCAACCUCGACUCCAUCCACAUCUCCCUCCAAGUCAUGGCCGACAUCUGCGCCGCGAACGGCGGCAGCACUUGCUCGAGCCACAACGCUUCUCCGUUCAUGAACGGCAAUUUCCUCUCCCAUGUCGUCCUUCCGAUUUUAUGCCUCACCCCGUUAGCCACACUUAUCCUCAUUCCCUUGCUUUGGCGAGCUACUGGUGCAUUCUUGGGCUGGUACCUGCGAAAGAAAACGGACGGACGACGAUGCCACAUCCUUGAACUCGUGGAAGCCGACGAGAAGAAUUAUGUCGAGGAGAAGAGGAGGAGUAGCAGCAGCGCGGAAGGCGGGGAGGACGGGGAAUGGGAGAAGGUGGACGCCUGCACUACCGGGACGGCCAAGAACGGCGGCAUGGGCGAUGACGACUGGGAUGGCAUUGUGGGCUUCUUUCACCCAUUUUGUAAUGCCGGCGGCGGUGGAGAGAGGGUCCUCUGGGCGGCCAUCCGCGCGACACAACAACGCUGGCCCCGCGCAAAGUGCGUCGUCUACACCGGCGACCACGGCGUCAGCAAGGACGCGAUGCUAUCCCGGGUGGAGAACCGCUUCAACAUCCACCUCCACCCGCCGACAAUCAACUUCCUCUACCUCUCAACCCGCCACUGGGUCCUGGCCUCCACCUGGCCACGUUUCACCCUCGCCGGCCAAUCCCUCGGCUCGCUCAUUCUCGCCUGGGACGCCUUCUCCCUCCUCGUCCCAGACAUCUUCAUCGACACAAUGGGCUACGCCUUCGCCCUCGGCCUCUGCAAAACCCUCUUCCCGGGCGUCCCCACAGCUGCCUACGUUCACUACCCAACGAUCUCCACCGACAUGCUCUCCUCGCUUAACCCAACCUCCCCCGUCGGGUCGCAGGGCGUCAACGCCGGCCAGGGUACCGGGCUCCGCGGCGCCGCCAAGCGCUUUUAUUGGAAACUGUUCGCAGCCGCCUACUCGCGCGUCGGCGCCUCGGCCGAUGUCGUCAUGACCAACUCGUCGUGGACCCAGGGCCACAUCAGGGCGCUGUGGGGGCCCCUGCGGCGCGGCAGGUCGCUGCCGGAGGCGGCGGUCGUCUACCCUCCCGUGGCGGUGCGCGAACUAGAAGCCGAGGUGGAGGUGUCGGAGGCGAGCGAGCGGCGGCGGGAGAAGGUGUUGCUGUAUAUCGCGCAGUUCCGGCCGGAGAAGAACCACGCGCUGAUCCUACAGGCUUUUUCCGAGUUUGUGCGGCAGUCCGGGAGCGAGAACGAGAGCGAGGCAGCGCGCGGGGCGAAGUUGGUGCUGGUGGGGAGUGUGAGGGAUGACGGGGACUCCAAGAGGGUGUAUCAGCUGCGGCUGUUGGUGAAUGAGCUGCAUAUCCGGGACAGGGUCGAGUUUCAUCUGGACGCGUCGUGGCCUGAGAUUCUGGAGUGGCUGCGCCGUGCGUCGGUCGGGGUGAAUGGCAUGUGGAAUGAGCACUUUGGCAUCGGCGUGGUUGAGUACCAGGCCGCUGGGCUCGUGGCGGUGGUGCAUGACAGCGGCGGACCGAAGAUGGAUAUUGUGGUUGAUGUGGAUGGGGAGCCAACUGGGUUCCAUGCUACCACCUCGAGCGAGUUCGCGGAUGGGUUUGAGAAGGCGUUGAGUUUGAAGGAUCCGUAUGCUGUUCGUCAACGGGCGAGGCAGUCAGCCAAGAGGUUUACCGAGGAGGAGUUUGCCAGGCGGUGGACGGAGCAGAUGGAAAAGCUGGUGACGCUGAAGACGCGGAACAAAGUCUGAUGCGGUUGUGUUUCUUCCCCUGUGAGAAAUGCGUUUCCUUUCCAAUAGACAUGGAUACCCCUCUCUUAUUCAUCUGAUGGCAGGUGUUGGGCUGCAUUGCUUUCCUUGAUAGUCUUACGAGCAGUCUGUAGCACUCACAGAUGGUGCAGAUCAUUCGUAUAUAUCACUCAACCAACCGGUAUAUUCACACAAGC